AUGGCCAGGCUGCACUUUGGCCACGGGAGCUGCGUGGACAGUGGGGGCCCAGGGACAGCACGAACCAAGGAGGGCGUGUCUGCGGGGCCCCUGUCCUGCUCGGGAGGAGGAAGCAGCAUCCCCACCGUGGGUGACAUCACCCAAAAAGGGUAUGAAAAGAAGAGGUCAAAACUCAUCGGAGCCUACCUGCCCCAGCCUCCGAGGGUGGAUCAAGCAUUGCCUCCCGAGCGCCGGGCUCCCGUCACUCCUGCUUCUUCUACUCGCUAUCACCGCCGAAGGUCCUCAGGGUCACGAGAUGAGCGCUAUCGGUCAGACGUCCACACAGAAGCCGUGCAGGCGGCGCUGGCUAAACACAAAGAAAGGAAGAUGGCGGUGCCCAUGCCUUCCAAACGCAGGUCCUUGGUUGUGCAGACCUCGAUGGACGCCUACACACCUCCAGAUACGUCUUCUGGCUCAGAAGACGAAGGCUCGGUGCAGGGUGACUCCCAGGGGACUCCCACCUCCAGCCAGGGCAGCAUCAACAUGGAGCACUGGAUCAGCCAGGCCAUCCACGGCUCCACCACCUCCACGACCUCUUCCUCUUCUACCCAAAGUGGGGGGAGCGGCGCCGCCCACAGGCUGGCCGACGUCAUGGCCCAGACGCACAUAGAAAAUCACUCUGCACCUCCUGACGUGACCACUUACACCUCAGAACACCCAAUACAAGUAGAAAGGCCGCAGGGCUCGACGACAUCGCGGACGGCACCCAAGUACGGCAACGCGGAGCUCAUGGAGACGGGCGAUGGGGUGCCCGUAAGUAGCCGGGUGUCGGCGAAAAUCCAACAGCUUGUCAACACCCUCAAGCGACCAAAGCGGCCGCCGUUACGGGAAUUCUUUGUCGAUGACUUUGAAGAACUGCUGGAAGUUCAACAACCAGAUCCGAACCAGCCCAAGCCAGAGGGAGCACAGAUGUUGGCCAUGCGCGGGGAGCAGCUGGGAGUGGUCACCAACUGGCCCCCGUCCCUGGAAGCCGCGUUGCAGCGAUGGGGGACCAUCUCCCCGAAGGCCCCGUGCUUGACCACGAUGGACACAAACGGGAAGCCCCUGUACAUCCUCACUUACGGCAAACUGUGGACAAGAAGUAUGAAGGUUGCUUACAACAUUCUGCAUAAAUUAGGUACAAAGCAAGAACCGAUGGUACGACCUGGAGACCGGGUGGCGCUGGUGUUCCCCAACAAUGACCCUGCUGCCUCGAUGGUGGCCUUCUACGGCUGCCUGCUGGCCGAAGUUGUCCCCGUGCCCAUUGAAGUCCCGCUCACGAGAAAGGACGCCGGAAGCCAGCAAAUCGGGUUCUUGCUCGGAAGCUGCGGAGUCACCGUGGCCUUGACGAGCGACGCUUGCCACAAAGGGCUGCCAAAAAGCCCAACGGGGGAGAUCCCGCAGUUCAAAGGUUGGCCAAAGCUGCUGUGGUUUGUCACCGAGUCAAAGCAUCUCUCCAAGCCCCCUCGAGAUUGGUUCCCACACAUCAAAGAUGCGAACAAUGACACCGCGUACAUCGAGUAUAAGACGUGCAAGGACGGGAGCGUGCUCGGGGUGACCGUGACCAGGAUCGCACUGCUGACCCACUGCCAGGCCCUCACCCAGGCGUGCGGCUACACAGAAGCGGAAACCAUAGUGAAUGUGCUGGAUUUCAAGAAGGACGUCGGGCUCUGGCAUGGAAUCCUGACCAGUGUCAUGAACAUGAUGCACGUGAUCAGCAUCCCAUACUCGCUGAUGAAGGUGAACCCCCUCUCCUGGAUUCAGAAGGUCUGCCAGUACAAAGCAAAAGUGGCUUGUGUGAAAUCCAGGGACAUGCACUGGGCGCUAGUUGCACAUAGAGAUCAGAGAGACAUCAACCUCUCUUCCCUCCGGAUGCUGAUCGUGGCCGACGGUGCAAAUCCCUGGUCCAUCUCGUCCUGUGAUGCAUUUCUCAACGUCUUCCAGAGUAAAGGCCUGCGUCAGGAGGUCAUCUGUCCAUGCGCCAGCUCCCCAGAGGCUCUCACCGUGGCCAUACGGAGGCCUACGGAUGACAGCAACCAGCCCCCGGGCCGGGGCGUCCUAUCCAUGCACGGGCUGACCUACGGCGUCAUCCGGGUGGACUCGGAGGAAAAGCUGUCUGUGCUCACCGUGCAGGACGUCGGCCUCGUGAUGCCUGGCGCCAUCAUGUGUUCAGUGAAGCCGGAUGGCAUCCCUCAACUUUGUCGAACAGAUGAAAUCGGGGAGCUCUGUGUGUGUGCCAUUGCAACAGGCACGUCCUAUUACGGCCUCUCGGGCAUGACCAAGAACACCUUCGAGGUAUUUCCCGUGACGAGCUCGGGGGCCCCUGUCAGUGAGUACCCCUUCGUAAGGACAGGCCUGCUGGGCUUCGUCGGCCCUGGGGGGCUUGUCUUCGUGGUGGGCAAGAUGGACGGGCUCAUGGUGGUCAGUGGACGCAGACACAACGCGGAUGAUAUCGUUGCCACGGCGCUAGCCGUGGAGCCCAUGAAAUUCGUCUACAGAGGAAGGAUAGCCGUGUUCUCGGUGACCGUCCUGCAUGACGAGAGGAUCGUGAUUGUGGCCGAGCAGAGGCCGGACUCCACGGAGGAGGACAGCUUCCAGUGGAUGAGCAGGGUGCUCCAGGCAAUUGACAGCAUACAUCAAGUCGGGGUUUAUUGCCUAGCCUUGGUUCCAGCAAACACCCUCCCCAAAACCCCACUCGGUGGGAUCCACUUGUCAGAAACGAAGCAGCUCUUCCUGGAGGGCUCACUUCACCCCUGCAACGUCCUGAUGUGCCCCCAUACCUGUGUCACAAACUUGCCUAAACCUCGACAGAAGCAACCAGAAAUCGGCCCUGCCUCUGUGAUGGUGGGGAACCUGGUGUCUGGGAAGAGGAUCGCACAGGCCAGUGGCAGAGACCUGGGCCAGAUCGAAGACAACGACCAAGCCCGCAAGUUCCUGUUCCUCUCGGAGGUCCUGCAGUGGAGGGCACAGACCACCCCCGACCACGUCCUGUACACGCUGCUCAACUGUAGGGGUACGAUAGCAAGCUCGCUAACGUGUGUGCAGCUGCAUAAACGUGCCGAGAAGAUCGCCGUGAUGCUCAUGGAGAGAGGACACCUGCAGGAUGGGGACCACGUGGCUCUCGUCUACCCGCCAGGAAUAGACCUCAUCGCUGCGUUUUACGGCUGCCUGUACGCAGGCUGUGUGCCAAUAACCGUCCGCCCCCCACACCCACAGAACAUCGCAACAACGCUGCCGACCGUGAAGAUGAUCGUGGAGGUGAGUCGUUCUGCCUGCUUGAUGACAACACAGCUCAUCUGUAAGUUGUUACGGUCCAGGGAGGCAGCUGCGGCCGUAGACGUCAGGGCGUGGCCCCCCAUCCUGGACACAGAUGAUUUGCCAAAGAAGCGGCCCGCCCAGAUCUACAAACCUUCCAACCCAGACACGCUAGCUUAUCUCGACUUCAGCGUGUCCACGACCGGGAUGCUUGCUGGAGUGAAGAUGUCCCAUGCAGCCACCAGUGCCUUCUGCCGUUCCAUUAAGCUGCAGUGUGAGCUCUACCCUUCUCGAGAAGUGGCCAUCUGCUUGGACCCUUACUGUGGACUUGGGUUUGUCCUAUGGUGCCUCUGUAGUGUCUACUCAGGGCACCAGUCCAUUCUCAUCCCGCCUUCUGAGCUGGAAACCAACCCUGCCUUGUGGCUUCUUGCCGUGAGUCAGUACAAAGUCCGGGAUACGUUUUGCUCCUAUUCAGUGAUGGAACUUUGUACCAAGGGGCUGGGCUCGCAGACAGACUCCCUCAAGGCACGAGGACUGGACUUGUCCCGCGUGCGGACAUGUGUGGUCGUGGCAGAGGAACGGCCUCGGAUAGCACUCACCCAGUCGUUCUCAAAGCUCUUUAAAGACCUGGGUCUCCACCCGCGGGCCGUGAGCACCUCCUUCGGCUGCAGAGUGAACCUGGCUAUUUGCUUGCAGGGGACCUCGGGACCUGACCCAACCACCGUCUAUGUUGAUAUGCGAGCUCUGAGACACGACAGAGUCCGCUUGGUGGAAAGAGGCUCUCCUCAUAGCUUGCCCCUCAUGGAAUCAGGAAAAAUACUUCCAGGGGUUCGGAUCAUAAUUGCCAAUCCAGAAACAAAAGGACCGUUGGGCGACUCCCACCUGGGUGAGAUCUGGGUUCACAGUGCCCACAAUGCCAGUGGUUAUUUCACCAUUUACGGAGAUGAGUCCCUGCAGUCAGACCACUUCAAUUCAAGGUUAAGUUUUGGAGACACCCAGACGGUCUGGGCGCGGACAGGCUACUUGGGGUUCCUGCGGAGGACGGAGCUCACAGAUGCAAACGGAGAGCGCCACGAUGCCCUAUAUGUGGUGGGGGCGCUGGACGAAGCGAUGGAGCUGCGGGGGAUGAGGUAUCACCCGAUAGACAUUGAGACCUCGGUCAUCAGAGCCCAUAAAAGCGUCACAGAAUGCGCUGUGUUCACCUGGACCAAUUUGUUGGUGGUCGUGGUUGAGCUUGAUGGGUCGGAGCAAGAAGCCUUGGACCUGGUCCCCUUAGUGACCAACGUGGUUCUGGAGGAGCACUACCUGGUGGUGGGGGUCGUGGUCGUGGUGGACAUCGGUGUCAUCCCCAUCAACUCCCGGGGAGAGAAGCAGCGUAUGCACCUGCGGGAUGGGUUUUUGGCAGACCAGCUAGAUCCCAUCUAUGUGGCCUACAACAUGUAGUCUCGUCUCUGGUCCCGUAGACUUUUCUAGGAAAGUAAACGUUUUUCUCAGUGUCACUCAAGUUUGCAGACAUG